AUGGCUCAAGAUGACCACCCUGAAGAGAGGCCUGAGGGCUUUUCUAAAUACCUUAAGCGUAUGAAGACCGUCCUCCGUCCUCGGUCAAUGUCCAAACGACAAUCUAUAACUCCUGCGGUAGUCGCUCCGGCAGAAACUACCGCGCCAAAGGCAACAUCGCCACCAGCAACAGUAUCAGCACCAGUGUCGGCCCCAGCUCCAGCCCAAGAGCUGAGCCCAACAGGCCCAGUCAUGAUCACCAACUACAGUACCACCCAACAGGAAAAGGCGCGCACCCUCUUCGCCAAGUAUGGCCUGACUGUCAACACCCUCGACUGGAAGACACCCCCGGACCUCCAGCUAACCCGCGUAACGAAGCCAAUCCGCAUGCGAGUGCACCGUACCUGCCACCGCUGCGAGACAACCUUCGGCGCCGACAAAGUGUGCAUCAACUGCCAGCACACCCGCUGCACAAAGUGUCCCCGAUAUCCAGCUGCCCGCAACAAGGAUGGCGAAGCGUCAACCCGCAAGCUCAAGCUCCCAGAGACCUACGUCCACCAACCCCACCUAUUCCCCAGGACCUCGCACCUCAAGCUCAGCACCACCAAGGAAAUUUCGCUCAAGAUGCCGUCACCCACUGGCGGCCAGGAUUUCGUCCGUCGCCCGGUGCGCCAGCGCGUCCACCGCCACUGUCAUCUCUGCGCCUCGCCCUUUGCCCUCGGCUCCAAGGAAUGCCCAAGUUGCAGCCAUGUGCGCUGCAAGAUUUGCCCGCGGGACCCGGCUAAACUCGAUAAAUAUCCUGAUGGCUAUCCAGGGGAUGCUCAUCCGCCCAAGCCUAUACCCGAGCGCACGUUCAAGAAGCCUCGUCGCAGAGUCCAUUAUGAAUGUCAUGUCUGCGAGACUGGCUUCCAGGUUAAUUCAAAUACUUGUUUGAAAUGUGGUCAGGUGAAGUGUGCUGAAACUAAACGAAUUCCGCCUAAAAAGGUCAAACCAGAAAUAAGCCCUGAGGUUCUCAAGAGCAUGGAAGAGAAGCUAGCAGCCAUGGUGCUUGAACACACGCCAAACAUUGUUGAGGCGACGGCUUGA